AUGGCCAAGAGAAUAGCUGAUUCCCAAAUCACAAGAGAAACGUUUAGAGAAGAGGGUUCAGAUUCUGACAAUGAAAAUGGUUCUUCCUCAACAAGUCAUGGGGUUGCACCUGCAUCUGUUAUGAGUAAGCGUAAAAUUGCAAUGCCUAAGAGGAAAGGUGCCGGAGGUUUCAAUUUUCAACCAAAACCAUCGAAUGUGGAUAAUAAUAAUAAUAAUAAUAAACCAUCAGCGGAAUCUCAGAUGUCUAAUGCAUUUAAUAUCUUUAAAAAAACACAACCCAAUGAUAAUGGUACCAACAAUGAUACAAACGCUAAGCUUAAAGCUCUUAAUCUGCAAUUUAAGGAUAAAGUGGUAGAAAUAGUAAACAAGGAUUCAUUCGCAGAUUUGCGUCCAGCUUUGGAUAAAUAUAAGCAAUACAUUGAACCACUAAAAGUAGAGAAACCUUUACCACCAAUUGCAAAAUCUAACGAAAGUGAUAAAAAAGAGGAAGUUGCCUCAUCUUCAGAGGACGAAGAGGAAAUUAAAGUAGAAGGUCCAAAAUUUACUGUACAAUCAAAACCAACUACUUCAAAUUCGGUUUUUUCAUUUGGUGCUAAGAAAGCAGAACCUAAGCGUGCUAGUGAAAGCGACAGUGAAGAUGAAAUUGAAAUUAAAGGUCCGCAAUUUACGUUUAAUGGUGAAGUUAAAAGUGAUAUCUUUAAAUUGAAUAAACCAGCUGAAGAAAAAAAGGAAAAUCAACCACCUGCUAAUCCUUUCCAACAAAAAGACUCCGAAUCAUCCUUAGCGAAUUUAGCUAAACCAGCAUCUAGUUUUGGUAAUACAAAUACUGAUACUACCAAACCACUUUUCAAUUUUGGUCAAUCAAAUUCUCAAGAGGAGCCACCAAAGAAACCAACAUUCAGUUUCGGUCAACCAAGCUCUGAAGGUGAGCCACCAAAGAAACCAGCAUUCAGUUUCGGUCAACCAAAGCCUGAAGAAGAAGCAGCAAAGAAGCCAACAUUCAGUUUCGGUCAACCAAAGCCUGAAGACGGAACAUCAAAGAAGCCAUCAUUCAAUUUCGGUCAACCAAAGCCUGAAGAAGAAGCAGCAAAGAAGCCAUCAUUUAGCUUUGGUUUCAAACCAAGUACACCUGCAUCUGAUGCAUCAGAAAAGAGCGAUAACAAAUCAUCAUUUUCAUUUAAAUUCGGUCAAGAGAAGCCACAAAAGGAUUCACAGGCUGAAAACCCUAAACCAAUUUUCUCAUUUGGUAAUCCAGCUCCAGCUGCCAAUGGUGAAAAGAAAGCUGAUGCAAAGCCAGCGUUUUCGUUUGGUUCAUCGAAUUCUUCUACUGCACCAUCUUUCAGUUUCCCUAAACCAAAUAAUACCAACGAUAGCGACAGCAAUGGAACUACUACAACGAAUACUGAUAAUGCUCCAAGCGGUGGCUUCAAGUUUUCACUACCAUUUAGUCAGAAACCCGCAAGUCAAACUUCACCUUCAUCAUCAUUAUCUGCAACCCCUCAACAAGAAGAAUCUAAACCAGAAGAAAACAAGGAGGAACCAUCAAAUCCAAUUGAAAUGCAAAAUGGUGAAGAAAAUGAAAAUUUACUUUUCUCUCAAAGGUCGAAAUUAAUGAUUUUUAAUAAUGAGACUAAAUCGUAUGAUUCCAGAGGUGUAGGUGAAUUAAAAUUGUUACAGAACAAGGAAGAUAAGUCUAAAGUAAGGUUCCUUUGUAGAUCAGAUGGUAUGGGUAAUAUUUUACUUAAUACUAGUCUGGUAAAAAGUUUUACUUAUUCACCAUUGACUCCCGAAAGUGAAAAUUUGAUUAAAGUUCCAGUUGUAGAGGCUCAAGGGAAAUUGACCACCUACGUGGCUAAAUUCAAACAGAAGUCAGAUGGACGACUUCUCGUGAAGUCCGUCGAAGAUGUAAAAAAAGAUAUGUAA